AUGGACUCAGGGGAUUACUAUCGGCCCGGGAUUCCUCACUCAGAUCCCCGGCUGCCAGAGCGAGAUAUGGACACCCAUCUGCUGGUCAAUAAAGACAUCAGAGAGUACCUUGCCCAGCCAUCUAUUGAAUUUGCUGAGGAAUGGCUAAAGAAGCCGGACAUUCCAUCGUCAGAUGAGAUAUUGGGCAACUUUGGUUCUGCAGAGAAUGAGUAUGUGGAAUUGACUCCAAAUAAAAUCACGGGUCCUUGGAACUCGACCGAUGAGUAUCUCAAAGCACACUAUGAGCUCCUUCGAGAAGAUGCAAUUGCUCCUCUCAGGGACGCCGUUGCAUACGUCAGAGAUGACCCCCAGAUGACUGAGUCCAAGCUUGUGUCCAUCUAUGAUAAGGUUUACUUCACCGGUAUCACAUUCGCGCAAAGAGGUCUAGGAAUUAGGAUCCGGUUCUCCACUCGCCGAGCGGAGAAAAUUAUCGCGUGGGAAUAUUCUAAGCGUCUUGUCAGCGGCUCUAUAGUUGCGCUUAGUCCAGCAGAUGACGCAUUUCAGCAGAAGUGCAUCGUUGCCAUUGUUGCUGCCAGGCCGCUUGAAGGCGUUCAAAAGCAUCCUCCGGAGAUUGAUAUCUUCCUUGCUAGGCCCGAAGAUUUUGAAUUCGACCCUCAGAAGGAAUGGAUCAUGGUAGAAGCCAAGGAUGGCUACUAUGAGUCUGUGAGGCACACGAUGGCAGCACUCCAGAAGUUGAAACAAGAAAAAGCCCCGGACUAUGUGAAACAGGAUCCUAUCCUUGACAUACAGUCCGUAGCCAGCGAGACUGCAGAAGCUGCCGAGGGACACAGAGUUGACAUCCUAAAAAGUUGGCCUCGAGAACCAAGCCAGGCCAUGGAUACUACACAAUGGCAAGCAUUACACGAAAUGCUUACGAAGAGGCUCUCGCUCAUACAAGGCCCUCCUGGCACAGGGAAGACUUAUGUGUCUGUUAUUGCGCUGAGGAUCCUACUUUCAAACCUGAAGCACGGGGACUCUCCUAUAAUCCUAGCCUCCCAGACAAACCAUGCGUUGGACCAACUUCUGAGGCUCGUCGGCACCUUUGAAACAAGCUAUAUCCGGGUCGGUUCACGGAGCAACGACCCCGAGAUAAAACGAAGGACUCUCUACUGUGUCAGGCAAAAUGAAGCCGCGGUCACGGUACAUGGAAGCGUGCUAGGAGCGGCCAGAAAGGAGCAGACAGUCCUGACCCAAACCAUUGCCAAGAUUUUGCAGCCUUUCAACGCCGAAAAUACCAACGCGCCCCUUCCUGCUUCUCUGUUUAUUGAGUAUGGCCUCUUGACGGAGACGCAGCUCGACAACUUAAAGAAAGGUGCUGAAGGCUGGACUCGUCCCACUGAUAGUGAAGAUACCGACCCGCUGGUAGUCUGGCUAGGUGACAAAUUGGUACUAUUCGAAGUGGGGUAUGAAAGAGAGAGUUUCGGAUUCGAGGAGGAUGAGGUAGACCUCGAGUACGAACAACUAAAGGAAUUGGAGGCCGAGCAGGGCAUUGAAGAGGAUGAUUACGAGAUCCUCAAAGGACAGUUUAUCAAUCUUCAGGAUGGCGUUUGUGGCUGCAAAAUCUCGUGCUCUGAGACUUCUGCUAUCGAAAACCUGAAGCAGAAGGAUCUGUGGAAGGUGAGAGAAGAGGCUCGGGGGGCAAUCUAUGAUGUCCUCCGAAAACAACUGAAGACCAAGAUGACAGAGAGUCUUCGGCGACAGGUUUUACUCUAUUCGAAGAAUUGUGAGAAUCUCCUCAUUGGAAAAUGGGAACGGGAUUACCACGUUCUUCGGACGGCGAAAGUGAUCGGGAUGACAGCCACGGGUCUGAGUAAAUACCGGGGGCUGAUCUCCAGCCUCAGACCGAAGAUCGUCUUGAUCGAAGAAGCCGCCGAGGCUAUUGAGGCGCCAAUUGUUGCUGCGUGCUUUGACUCACUCCAGCACAUGAUACUCGUGGGUGACCACCAGCAGCUCCGAGGGCACUGCACUGUUCAGGAGCUCGGGGGCGAGCCCUACAAUCUGGGAGUCUCCAUGUUUGAGCGACUGGUCAAGAACGGAAUGAAGUACGUCAUGCUGAACAGGCAAAGAAGAAUGGCACCAGAGAUCCGUCAACUCUUGGAGCCUAUAUACGGCGAACUGAAUGAUCAUGAGUCAGUACGCAAACGACCUGGAGUGAGAGGAAUGGGGAUCAUUCGCUCCUACUUUUUCACUCAUGCUUGGCCUGAGAGCAGAGAUAGCCUUGCGUCCAAAUACAACGACAUGGAGGCCCAGAUGAUCGCAGAAUUUGUUGUCUACCUGGUACAGAAUGGCAACACCGUGAAAGAUAUAACCAUUCUGACCUUCUACAAUGGCCAGAGGAAAAAGCUCUUGACUGUUUUGAGACACCAUCCGUACCUUCAAGGCCAGUACAUGAAGGUGGUAACUGUUGACUCAUACCAGGGAGAAGAAAACGAGAUCGUAAUCCUUUCACUCGUUCGGAGCGGCGAGAAUGACAUUGGUUUCCUGUCGAUUGCAAAUAGGGUCUGUGUUGCACUGUCGCGUGCAAGACGCGGGUUUUAUAUGUUCGGCAACGCGAAUUCGUUGGCAAAACAGAAUCAACUCUGGCGAGAUGUACUGACAUUGAUGGCCAACAACAAACCACCACGGCGUCUGGGAACACAGCUGCCCGUCACAUGUGUAAAACACAAGCGGACCACUUUUAUACAAGGUCUUUCCGACUGGAAUAAGAUAAACGGCGGAUGUGAUUGCCAUUGUGAUGGAACGUUGGAUUGCGGCCAUCCCUGUCCCAUCAAAUGCCACAGCUUUUCUCAUGAACAGGUAGAGUGCAAUGACAUCUGCAACAAACGGAUGGCUUGCAAGCACGUCUGCACUCAACCCUGUGUAAUAAGCCAUACCUGCAACUGCACAUGCGAGGUGGCUUCACAACUUGAUAAUCUACGUCUCCAUCAUGAGUCCCAGGGCUCCACCGCCCCGUUGGAGGGACCGAGUUCCUAUCCCGAAGCGGUCAGACAUUACCAGGCGUUUGCAAGUGGAGGUGCGAAGGAGCACGACGCGCUUUUGCUGAGGAAGGCUACCGAGACCGCCGCGGCAGCGCGGCCCACACCAGGAACAGAGGAGGAUGAAGAUCUUCUUCUCUCCGAGACGGAAGUGGCAAGCAGCCCUCAGGAACGCGACACCGCGGUUCCCUUGUCGGAAGAAAAUCUCAUGGAGAUCUGA